UGCUCUUUGCGCGACGGCAGAAGAGGAGGCGGUGGAGUGCGCGUGUGUGCGUGCGCGCGUUGUUGCGAACCCUCUCCCCGCGGCGCAUUCGUCGACUCGGCGUCGUCGGGCUGCGAGAUCGCUCGGUGCUCCCCGCUCGGUCGGUGGCUCCGUGGAAUCUCUCUCUCGUGCGGGACGCCCCCUUCCUUUUCGGCGGCGGCAGCAGCAGCGAGGAGUGUUGUUCGUCGGCGGCCGGUUUUCAAACACUGUGCGCAUCGCUGGGGCGCUGUCACGCCGCUGCUUUUCGGCUUCCGAGACAAGCGGGGCCGAGUGUCUGUUUGUCGUGUGGUGUUUCGCGCCGUCCGAGGCGAUGUCAUGUGGAUAACAACAAUCGCCGAGUGACUUGCCCGGCCCGUUGUGGUCGUCGUCUGCUCCUCGUCGCCGCGGGCUCCGCGUGCGGGACGGGUCCUCCCCACCCCGCCGUCGUCUGCUACUCGCCCAGUAAUACAGCGCCUGAAAUCGAGGGCGCUUACUUCUGCCGGCUCCCAAAAAGUUGGCCAACGGGAACGUGCUGAUAUCGACGUGGAGCUUCGCAGCAGCCCGGGCGGGACUCCCGAGUGGAACGCGUGAUAGGAUUGCACUCCCGAAACAGCCGUGACCAGCUCCCACUUCCCAAUUCGCGUUCGAGCGGCUGGCUGCGGACCACCAACUCCUCCGAGGAAGAAGAAGGAAAGCCCAGUGAGCGGGGAUCGCGACUGCACUACUUAACUGGCGACCGCGUCGGUGUCCACACACACACACCACCCGCUGCUCGCUCGAGUUUCUCACGCCGAGCGUCGGAGACGGGAGAGUGGGCCCAGUUCGCCGCUGCUGCUCUCUUCAGCUCGACGCCAGCACCGGCGGCCACGGCGCGACCCGUGGUCGGGGCAUGCCGGCGGCUCGACGAUCGCCGGCCGCGCUGACGACGACGACGCCCUCCGCGCUGCCGACGCUCGGAGACGACGCCGGAAACAAAAGAGCGCGCCGGGACCGGCGCGACCGGAACUAAUCCGUCGGCGGCCCGGGGUCGACGAGGUCUGCGCUGAGACGGCGAGGACGGCGACGCGAAUAAGGCCCCCCUGCUGCAAGGGCCGUCGCCCAUGAAUCCCGCUCCUCCAUGGCAGACACAAUGGCUCGACCUUUAGAAGAUGACUGCUUUCGGAGGAGAUCGGUCGAAGAGGAUGUCGCUAAGUCCAGCGACCUGUUCGAUCUGCUCAACAAGUUGCAGAACAGCCGGCUCGACGAUCAGCGCUGUGAGCUGCCCCGCGGGGAGACGUCCCAGGCCCGCCGCAACAAUGCGGCGCCCGUCAGCAAAGCCGAGAGGCAAACUCAAGACCAAGAAAAGCUAGAAGAGAUCAUGCGAAAGCAGGGCAGCUACCCGAUGGUGGUGCUCCCGGUGGCCGGAGGCUACUGGGUGGACGGCGUGGACUGUGCCUCGCCCUCGGACGUCUUCGACAGCGUCUUCGUCCCGGGACACUUCACGCCGGCCAAGAUCAACAACCGAGAGAUCGCCACCACCUACCGGAGGCACUUCCUCGGAAAGGAGCACCUCAACUAUAUCGGACGAGAUGAAGGUUCAAAUCCUUUCAUUCUGUCGCUCAAGCUGGAAACGAUAGAGGAAGCGAACGAUCACUACAGGGUCAUACUUAGAACAAAAGAAGGCAUUGUUAGCGAACUGGUUCCGAACGAUCCGAAGACCGAACUCUGGACGGCAGCUCGACUUGUCAAAUCCUUACGUGAUAACAUCAACAAUGUGGUGCUGCAACCAGUGUUCUUUCCAAAAGCUUCGGAACUCCUGAUGGCAUUCGACGAACAAGUUCUAGUCCACGAGUACAAAUUUGGAGUCAUUUAUCAAAGGCCCGGCCAGAUAAAGGAGGAAGAACUUUUUGGAAACCGCCACCACAGCGCGGCGAUGGACGAGUUCCUAAACAUGCUGGCCGAUAGAGUCACGCUCAAGGACUUUUCUGGCUUUCGCGGUGGCCUGGACACCCAGCACGGCCAGACGGGCCAGGAGUCCUUCUACACGUCUUUCAACGGCUGCGAGAUCAUGUUCCACGUCUCCACGCUGCUGCCGUACACGGAAGGCGACGUGCAGCAGCUCCAGCGCAAGCGGCACAUCGGCAACGACAUCGUGGCCAUCGUGUUCCAGGAGGAGAACACGCCCUUCAUGCCCACCAUGAUCGCCUCGCACUUCCUGCACUCGUUCGUCGUGGUUCAGCCCGUCAGGACGGGACGCCUGCACAUGGGACGGCAAAGGUACCGGGUGGCAGUGACGGCUCGGCUGGACGUUCCCUUCUUCGAGCCAAAGCUGCCGGUGCCGGCUGAGUUCGAGGCUGGACCCGAGUUCCGCGAGUUCCUGCUGCAGAAGCUCAUCAACGCCGAGAACGCUGCGUACCGGGCCGAGCAGUUUGCUCGGCUAGAGGCCCGGACCCGGUCGUCGCUGCUCCAGAACUUGCACGACCAGCUGCUGGGCAAGACGCAGGAGUUCUCCGGCAGCGCCAGCUUCGUGGCCGGCGACGAGCUGGACGAGGGCGCGGCCACCAACGGCGGCGCCUCGGCCGUGGCCAGUGGCGCGAGCUUCCUGGACGGCUUCUUCCGCAAGGCGCUCAGCGUCAAGAUCCGCAGCCAGUCCGUCGAGUCCAACCUGGCCAAGCGCUCCUCGUCCAGCGCCAGCAGCAGCAGCCUCACCAACACCGUCAUCGGCGAGAACACGCCGCUCGCCACUGGGACGCCUAAAGCCCAGAGUUCCAAAAGCGUCAACCAGGGAUCGCCAUCUCAAAGCAGCAGCCGGCGGCUGGACUUUCCCACGGUCACCUCCCUGCUGGGCAUGAGCCGGCGGCGUCCCAACAGCAGUCCCACCACGCCGGUGUCCAGCCCAGAGACGCCGCCCUCGAUGGCCAAGUCUCAGCUGGCCCAGCAGCAGGGCUCUCAGCUGCAGCAGUCGGGCUGCGGCAGCUUCCCGUGCACCGAGUCCGACACGUCUAGUCUGAACAGCGUCGAGUCCGACCUGGGCCUCAGCGCGGCCAGCAGCAUGAUGCCGCCGCCGGAGAUCCCGUCCAGGAACUCCCGCUCCCUGUUCAUACAAGCCACGGCGGCGUCAGCGGCCAGCGGAGGCGGACCGCACGCCGAGGGUGCUUAUCCUAGCGCUUCUGCACGUUGGUGCCGAUAUGCUCCAAGGCUUUCAGGAGCAGAUCGAGAGCCUGGCACAAGAACUAGCGCGUAUGAAGAGGGAAAAGUUUGACUGGCUCAAGGACAAAGCGAUCGUGCUGGCCGAAAUGCAGAAGCUCACCGACAAGGAAGUGCGUCUCACGACGGAGCUCUCCCUCGCCAAGCGCGAGGUGGCCCGCCUCUCGAAGCUCGUCUGAUACCCCGGCGACAAGCCCUCCGUCGUCGUCGGGACGGACUCCGCGUCGCACCACUGCUAGUCAACUCUACACCUGCGAACGCUUUCUUUUCUGUUCCGCGGCCGUUGCGAGAAGGAAAAGUGCGCUGCAAACACAUGCCAAAAAAAAAAGGAAGAGACACUGAAAGGGAACGGUUGAUCGGCGCACCAGGUGUCACCCGUUGCGCACCUACCUGCUGCCCCGCCGAUUGUUUCUUUUUCUUUUUUGCGUUUCAUGCCAGAGACUAACGCGUUUCCCUCCGCUCCGCGCCCUGCAUCAUUUUCGCCACAAGUGAGCUAUACAUACACACACCAUGGACAGUGUGGAGAUCCUUUCUCGUUAUUUUUAAGAUUUAGUUUAUGUGAUGUGUGCGUUUGUGCAAUGAUUCAUUGUCAUGAUGUCUUUCUUUUACCGUGUUUCUUUCCAAGACACGCGUGCAUUGUUACUUCGUUAAAGAAAAACUGUCACGUUUUUUGCGAAUGGCAUGCGUUUGGCUUGACCGCGCAAUGCAAAUGUCUGUGCAAUUAGGAGAUAUCCCUGCAUGAGGAAAAAAAAAAAAUCUCGUAUGCCGCAUAUUCUCAACAUCCGUUAAUCUCGUAUUACAAUAUGAGAUCACGUACAAAUCAUACGAGAAUAAUGGAUUCGUGAGAUAUGUUACGUACGAUACGGUUUUCGAGAUGGGCGUAUCUUUUGCUUUCGCGAAGCACAUUGACGACUCCAUUUUGUGGAUAGCUUUUAUUUAUUUCCAUUGUUUAAAAUCUUUGCGUCAAACUGUUUUGCCGUAUAACGAAAAAGUUAAACUGCAGUGUAGUCAGUGUUUAAGUGCAAUGUUUAAGGAUUUGGCCAGACGCAGCACGUUGAAUUGUUCAAUAUUUGUCUAAUUUUAUCAUUUUAUAAAAAUUUUAUUCUUUCUGUAUUUAGUACCAUGCAAGCCAAAGUUUCUUGUAACUGCGAGCUUCUCAUCAUAAUUCUUGGUUGUGCUGAUAAAUUUUUUUCCGCGACAGACCAAGCGACCUGUACAGAGCUUUUAAACCAUCAACAUGCGUAUGUUCUUCCGCAUCAUCUUAUCUGGUGUUUUUCUUCUUUCUUAUUUCUUUUUUUAGCAAUUUGUGUUUGUGUACCCUUUGCAUCCCGUUUUGCGGUAGAGACGCACUCGAAUGAAGCUGGCAUGCUUCUGUAUUUUCGUACUUUGCGUGAAGACCUCAAGAUACUUCGCCAAUGUGUACACUUAACAAUUUCUGUCUCUUCUUUCUCAAUCCUCUCGCUUACAGCCUUGAAGAUGUCAAUCGCAUCGGUAGCUCGCUCUUUAAAAUGUUGAUGGACGUCUCUCGUAUGUUGACUUCCUUAAAAAGAUGUUCAGGAGAAUAGUUUUAUUUAGCCUGUACAUGUAGUAUUACCCUUUACGAAAUACCGGAACGCCAGAGAAGUAGACGGUACAAACAGCUACGUUAGCUACAGCUUGUAAUGCUUUGCUCAAACAAAACGCGUUCCAAGCGAUUGGCUUGCAUAGCUAUUGUUGUCGAAGAAAAAAAAACAGCUAUAAGUUUUCUUGUUGCUACCGACGCCCCUACAUCAUCAGCUUAGCGGUGUAUGGUCAUUGCAAUUAUACGUCGGUGUGCUGUAGUUGAACUCAGUGUCACGAGGUGGCACCAGCAGCGUUUCUGCUCAUCUCCGUGUCCCUUGAAGCCCUCUGUAAGCGCGAUAACAGAACACUGGAGACGUCGACGCAUGGAUAGAUGGAUGGAUGUUAGGAGCGUCCCCUUUGGAACGGGGUGGUGGGUGGCGCCACCAAGCCCUUGUUAUCAGCAUCAGCGCUGGUAGCGUCACCUUGUGAUGCUUUCUUGAAUCACAACGCAUUAGGAAUUAUUGUGUUGCGUCACUGUAUUCGCGGAGGGAAGACAAAGAAAAAUAAGUUCACUGCACGAUAGUGAUUGCCAUGGUUGAGGUUAAUGUCACAAGAUGCCGCCAACAGCGUCGCUGCGUUAAAGCCUCUUGCGGCGCGAUCUGUAUCUCUGACGUUCCUGUAUUCCGCGAACUGUAAUAUGGCACCACUCUAUUAAUGUCUACUCCGCGAACAUUUCUUGCGGUAUGUGUGCAUAAUGUAUGUCCCGCUCUCUUGUACACGAAACCUGCAUUUCACUUGUGGCACCUUCAGGUUCAGGUGCGUUACUGACUUGGAUUCAGCUUGCGCGUGCGGCCUUGCAAAGAUUAUUGUUGACUUUCUACAGGCAUCGCAUGGCUUUCUGUUGCAUAGUUGUUCUGUGCGGAGGUCUCUAGAUUGCCAACAAAAAUCUUUGUACAGGGUAUGCACGGGAUAUGCGCGUAGUGGCCGCUGUCUCGAGCAGGCCUGCGCUUUUCAGCCAUUGGAGACUGCCCGUCUCCCCUGUUAUUGUUCAAAGUACUCUCGGAGCUCGUGUGCGCCGUGUUGUGCAGUUUCUCGAACACUACGCAAACGUUCUGCGUCAUCAGCAUGUUGCAGGCGUAUUUAGCGGUAGCCUGCUGUCCAGGAAGUUAUUUAUUACUGUAUAUAUAUGUAAACGUGUGCAUUUCCUCUGGCACCCAGAAAAAGAGUAGCAGUAUUGUAGCAGAAACUUUGAUCUCUUCGAGGAUUAAGAGGAAUAACGAGUAAUGUUCUCGACGCUUGCGAUGACUGGAGUCGGCUUCGAAGUGACCGUAGUUAUACGCCCCUUCCAAGUGUUUAAGAAGCCGGUUGAAUGUCGUCGAUAGUUAGAGGUGUGGUUUCAGAGUGAACGGGAAAAAUAUUGCGGUUCCGCACAUGUUCAAAAUAGAGAAGAUGUCUAAGUGUGUGUAAUUCAGUGUAUGCAUGGCCUAUGUCUGAAACCCGAUUUUAUGAAGUAUAAGAGAUGCAGAGUAUUUAUCCAAAAGAGAAGUUUCGAGAAGUCGGCGGGUUGUGAACAGCCGAGUGUUUGGCGAGUUGUGGAACGGAAACGAGUUCGUUAAAUUGGCCAUUCCGUAAAAUUGGGUUUCGUAAGAUGAGGUCGCGAAGGUACGAACGUCGCGUGUCUCAUGUCGUGUUCGUAAACUUGUCGAUGCUCGUGAUAUUUCCGCGCGCUACACAUGACGAUGAUCUUUUUUUGAAUCUCUGCUGUAUAAGUAGCUGUGACGUCCGUGCGAUAGGCUUAGCGACUACACGGGAAUUCGCCGAUGGCGAGAGGCCGUGUUUAGGGUUAGUGUCGUGCAGUUCGUAACGCCGUAUGUAAGCGUUCUUCAUACCAGUGCCCGUACUUUCGAUGUAAGCUCAUAUAUACAUAGCCUCGGGUAGAUAGGAACAAAACAUUCCCGCGAUUCAAAUAACGAGAUGUCGAUGUCAACGUUCACCUUCAGUGUAUUGCGCUGUCUCGGUGCAGUUAAGCCUCUACGCGUAGACUUUAGUCGUUAAGUACAAGGCCAUUGAGUUAUCUAUCCCUUCUCGAAAUACGCUGUUGAAUUCAUUUCACGACGUCCGUGGGAACAGUCGUCCCCUCGCAUUGUUCGUAGCGGCAAAUCAGUGUGCACGCCAGGUAAACACAGCGUAGUUGAUUUGAAGACUUGAAGACUGUUGCAUUGAAGACCAUUGCGUAUGAGACUAUCGUCGUUGAAGACUAUACUUAAGGGUUGAGAUCAGGCGUGCUUUCAAUGGCCCCUCACCAGGUUUGGUCAUUUUAAAACAGAAAAGCGCAGCGUAUACAUCACGCUCCGACGAUCGUUUCUGCAAAGUAUUAACAGUGCUGCGAGAAGCAGCUGAAAUUUCCUACCAGCCUAACACCGCGCGCCCUCCCUCUCGAAGAAGCUGCGCAUCCAGUGAGAGAGCGAAGGUCGCUAGCAAAAAUGAUGAUUAUGAUUGGCCACUUCUGGCACUUGCAUCAAUAAACUCCAGAGGGCGCCCGCAAGCAAAAAUGCCGGCACGUAAAACGCACUGCCAGCUAUAGGUCACUUAUACCAUGAAACGGGACUUUCGGAAAAUCGUCCGAUGUGGAAGGGGGAGGGGGGGGGGGGAGGCUGUCAAGAUAGCGGAUGAGUAUUUAAUACCGACAAAACGCAAUUAUAUUACUUCCAAUAUUUCACGUUUUCUCUCCCUGUACGUGUCAUUCCGCUAUUCAGCUGUUCCAGCAAUGUUCACUUGGGAUAACAGAGUAAUACUUAUCUGAACGAAAUUCGCGGGGCCAGGAGAAACUAUUGAACUAGUUAUUCGUACGUUCAAAAAGAAAAGGGUAGUAAGUGAGAAAGUAAAACGUGGGUAUUUAGUUUCUUGUCGUCGGUGCAGGAGUUUCGCACUUGUUCGUGGAAUCCCAUAAAAAGAAGCUUGUUGAAGCAAUGUUCUAUCAAAUAGUAUACCUCACUGCUUUUGCAGGCACAAUUCGCUCUCUGUAUACGUAUACGCGUUGUGUGCAUGCGAAGACAUCGCCAGAAACUUCUGUUCUUCAGGCUUGGUUGCUUGCUUGGCGCUUUACACGCUUGCGGAAACUCUCGUUUCUGCUGGGUUUCGUGUAGCGAAAUCGUAACUGUGCGGGGUCGAGUAAUUUGCUUGGCUUGGCUUGGCUUAAAAUUGUAGUUUAAUUGCGGUAUCUACUAGUCGUCGUUGGAGUUGUGCACCGUACCGAACCGUCGAUUCCGCUGGCUCUAUAUAGAAAGCGAAAUUUGUGUGAAUGCCUGUUCUCCGGGACGAUUGUCGAUCGUGGGGUGUCUUGCGAAACCUCUGAUAUCUCGCACGUAGUAGCGCGUAUCUGUACAAAGCGAGCGCAGCAAGCAGUGUGAUGUGAACGAAAGCAGUGUUAUGCGUUAUCGCACUUGUUCAUCCCACGGCACGUUUUCUGAAGCGAGAUAAGCGAGGUCCAUCGCAUCAAAUGGAAGUAUCGACUGCUUUGUGUGUAUACGUUGAGAAGAAAAAGAAAUAGAACACUUCGAACCCUGGCUAUUGGCCUCAGCGUGUCGUCUGUUGUUACUCCUGUCGAAACACCUUUCGUAUCGCAGUGUAAAUACUACAUUGCAGCAGUGUGACACCGUCCUCUUUGCGGAUCAUCGACACUUAUAUAUACCGCGAGUCAUAUACUGUACGAAUGAUCUAAAUAGUCGUAGCCUCGCGCUAUAGCGUACGCGUUGCUAGAAGGCCUCGUUAUUGUAUUUCGCCAGGCCUUGUAAUUGUUUUUCUUUCUCGAACGAAAGCGUCACGGCGGUAUACGCGAGUGUGCGAGCGAAAUAAGCAUGCUGUGCGACCGAAAGCAUGCGACGUUGUAAGUUUCAAGUAAUGAGCUGCAUUUCGCUGCGCGAGUCAUCCGAAAUUUAAAAUUACGUUCAGUGGUUUUACGCGCCAAAACCGACAUCUGGUUAUGAGGCACGCAGUAUAUAUAUGGGGGGGACUCUGGAUUAAUUUCCACCACCCGUGGUCAUUCAACCUGCACCCAAUGCAUGGUACGUGAGCGUUUUUCUUUUCCUAUCCUAUCCUCCUUUUUUUUUGCAUUUCGCCCCCAUUACAAUGCGGCUGCCGCGUCCGGUAUUCGAUUCCGCGACCUCGUGCUUUAACUGCGCCCGACGCCAAACCCACCGAGCAACCAGGGCGGGUCAUUUGAAUUUUUUCGUUCCUUCUUGCAGAAUCGAGGCCGACAAAAACCACUCGCCACGAGUGAACGUACGCGCGCAUACGAUGUGGACACGCUCAAUGGAUACGUAAGAUUUAUUUUUCCACCCCCACGUCUUCGUUAAGCGUGCGUGUUUCUGCCUGAGACCAAAGAUUAAUUGCAUCGACCGACCGCUUUAGUUUCGAGGAAGCAACGACGCGUUUACGAGCGUGAGCCAGAUACAGCUUUCGUCUGCUUUUGUUCGGCAACGACGUUCCCGACCAAGGCAUUAUCGUCGUUAGCAGUUUCUCGAAGUGCACCGUUCGUCUGCGAGCACGCCUUAUCUUAAUUAUUAUUGAGAGGGAUUUUGCGAGAAGUUUGCAGCAGCCUAACUGCGGACGUGAACUUUAAUAAUCACGGCCUUGUGUACGCGUCCAUCGCGUUAAUUCACUCGUGAGCAGCGCAACAGUUCGUCGGCAUUCGAGGGUACGCAAAAUGAGAAGGCUAACGCCGAGUCCAAAGCUUAACAGCAAUAUGAAAAAAAAACGUCAUUAUAUCUGAAUUGUGAUUUGAAGCACGAGAUGGCAUGUUAUUUGUACGCAAAUGUUGCAUAUACUACAUAAAAUUAUAAGAGUUCCAGCGAGAACUGUGUAUAUGCGCCACGUCGCAGUAGGUUAGAGAAACGCAGUUUUAUUGCUUCCUUCCUUCUUUCUUUUUCUUUUUUUUAGUGCCAACCGAUAAGCACACCCUAUCUCAACAAUAUGUAUGCGAUUCGCUGUAGUAAAAAAAAAGAAAAAGGAAGUACAGCUUAAACAAAGCAAACCCGAUAAAUAAAAGCGGGAGCAGAGAAAACAUUGAUCUACAUUCACUAAAAUAUGCAGGUGACGAAUCUGGAGCGUAAACAGUCAGGAUGGCUUCGAUGUUGUCCUCUUCCUUCGUGUCGGGCACGCGUCCAAUUUGUGCCAGAACUCGUCUUAUUCGGAAGCCUACACUGAAAACAAACAAAAAAAUUCGUCGUUCUUGCGACGCGGUCGGAAGAGGGGAAACAGGUAUUCGCACCAAUCUACGAAAGUGCACAUUAAGGCGACCCGAACAGAGUGAGCUCACUCUCGCAAACUCCUUUCGUGGAGAACUCCAAAUUUCCGUUCCAGGCAUCGCUGAAAUGCUGACACGCCGACAGCAGACGGCGUUUGCAGACGGCAUUGCCUAGAUAAGGCCUUGAUACACACGUACAGAAGUUCAAAACAGUGCACAGGCGUGUAUGAAUCUAGGCUUCCUAUAGCGAUGCGAGCGCGUGAGAGAUUUCCUAUCCGCUUUCGCAUAUAUACUAUGAAUGUUGACUUAUAGGCCAAGUCAUCUUCUAGAGUUUGUCGUUGUGUAAACGCUCGUGUGCAGUACACUCCUGUAUUAGAACAGUCGGCUGCAUGCGCUUGAAGCCGGUCGGCUGCUCUCUUCUUCGCCGAUGAUCAACUUAAGAGGCUCGCUACUUUGCCAUCGCUGUUCUACUUCAACGCUCGCAAGCUUAUGCAGAACUGCGCGCGCUGAGCUCAUCACCCUCGCGCAAGCUCAUCUAAUUUCCUUAAUCGGCACAUUUGCUAAUGGAUCGCAAAGGAGAGCUGCUGAACGCGUACUGUUUGACUGUGCACUUCUUGAUUCGAGUUUCGAAGCUCAACCAUUCUCCUCAGUCGGAUGGACAGGCGUCAAAGAUUAGCAAUCGUUCGUAUCAGUACAAAUAUUAACUGUAUGAAGCUAAAAAGAAAGGGAAGGCUGCGGUGAAAUUGAAACGAAGCGAGAAUUGUUUCGUUUCCUUUCGUUACAAUCGCUCAAUACUUGCAAACACGCAAUGUUCAGGGUGCAAGCAUGCUGCAGCAGCUCCCCUGUUAUGCGCGAUAGGCCAUUAGAGCAGAAACUGAAGCCAAAUCGUAUUGUCUUUAGGCGGGUAGCAUGCAUUUCGGCUAAAUAUGUAGAUUUGAUCUCGGGUAGACAAGAAGCGUAAAUCCCACUGCUAAUAGUUGUUAGCGUGCAGUGUUAAUACUGACGCUAAUAAAACGCAUCGCUAAAUAGUGUUUGUAAUCGUCGAGUUACGAUGAUCAAGUUUACUCAUAAUGGCAAAGCCUUUAGCGCAAUUUAAAAAAGACAGGAACGAGACAGAGACACAGGACAGCGCUGUGAGUUUCUGUUUUUUUUUUUUCGUCUUUCUGGAGAUUUGCUGCUAGGCAUCUGUAGUAAAUAAAACGAACAAACAGAGAGCGUCGCACGGAGCCCUGUGUGAUGCAGGUACUGUUGCAAUGAGUCAGCGCAUUUGCUGUCCGUUAUCCAACGAGUAUACAGUCCACCGGAACACUAGGCUUCAGUUCGGCCUCCCUGUGUAUCUUGCACCUGUUAUAAUAUCCCGAGUACCAGGGCACAGCUUCGGUAACAAGACUGCUUCAAUAUUGGCGCCGGCCGCUGCGCUGGACGCGAACCCAAUUUUCCCCAGAGCUUUAUCUUAUUAGAAAUAGAAGGUAGGUCUGAUAGGUGUGGAUUUACGCAGUGUUCAAGUUGUCACACAGCUCUUUAGGAAGCGCCCGUGACCGUUGGUAUACAGUUUGCGGCUGUGUGACACCGGUUUAUCGUGUUGUACAGAGUGUGUAGUGUCCGAAGGUUUCCCUAUGCAUUGUUCUUCGGUAGGCUGUAUUCAAUGCUUGUGCACGUACUGGAUUCUUCGUGGUCGUCGACCACGUUCCAACGACUUCAAAGUGAGAACUGUAGCAUACGUGCAGGCAUGCGCGUCUAGAGAAAAGUGUUUCCUCAUUAUCGAGUAUACCCGGUUGGCUCACGUGUUCCUCGAGUGCAAUAUGUAACGCUAUCGCCACGCUCCUGUCGACGAUGUUGCCGAGACUGCGCAGGAUUUGUAUUAGACCGUUAUGUAGCGCCACCUUUGCAUGUGGAGCUUUAUAUGGCGCUCAGAGAUUUGUGGUCCGUAUUUGUGAAGUCUGUUCUCAAAAGAAUGUUAUGCAGCGUUUAUUGCAGAGUAUGUGUUUCGGAGUACUGACGUUAGAGAAAGAAGUGAGGAAAGGUGGGACUUAAGAUUGAAUCGAAUGCAAAUGAGACGUGCAACUGAGAUGUUUCGCUAAAUGCUCAUUUUUUAUUGACUGUUUACUUUUAUCACAUCUUUAAAAAAUAUACAGCAGUUUAAAAUAGCAGAAGGCGUUGUCAGACUUUUGUAGAUUACUGUGAAAGACAUAGGGAAGGUUUCGUCAGGUUUGCAUGGAAGUACUUGACAUCUUAGACAUUGCCUUUGACUACAGGUAAUGCCAAAUUCUGUAGCCUCGACACACCAGUUGUUCUUUUGCUUUUGUUUUCUUUCUUUCUUUUCGCUUACCUUUGGUAGAGUGAAAACAAAUAGGUUUAUGUCGGCUUUUCUACAAUCACCUUUCUUGUCGUGGUUCUCGUAUGUUGUAGGAAAAGUAUUGAACGCAUAGUAAGCGUGUCUCGUUGGUUAUUCGUCAAAGUAGCGAAAGUCAUGAUCAUCAUGGUUUCUCCAGUUCCACACAAUUGGCGUCACUCCUGUCGAAGAGAAAAAGAAAGAAAGUGAAGCAGCGAAUCUAGCGAUCCCAUAAUGGUGUCGCGUGUUAUUUAGCGUGUCGCGUAUCAUAGUUGUUCAUUAAAUAUUUAUUUUAAUUUA